AUGUUAUAAUUUUCUUCACAGAAUACUCUUAUAAGAAUGAAUGCCAUUAGAUAUGUUGUUCUUCUAUAAAAUAUAGAUAUUAUUUUAAGUUUCUUAUAAUCGUUUAAUUAGUUUUCUCGUAUGAUAUCAUAAUUUAAUAAUAAUUUUACUUCUUCAACAAUUUACUAAUCAUAUCUAAUUAUUAAAAGAGACUUUCUAUCGACAUCCAUCAAUUUUCUAUGUUAUUCUUCUGUCAUUAUCUAUUGCGAAUUUAUAUAGUUACUAAUUUCACGAAAAAGCAUUAAUAAUAUAAGUUGCCUUGUGUAUAUAGCAAUUUUGCAUAAUAAAAUCAAUACUAAUUUUGGGUAAAUGCAGAAUUGCGUUUUACACUUGAGAAUUAUUAAUUAUAAAUUGCUAUAACUUCGAUUUUCGUUUGUUUCUAAUUUAAAUUUUUUUCUAUAUUUAUUGACUUAACACUACUUUCUUUAAUUAAAAAUUUAUAUAGCCAUAAACUUUCGAUAUUUUUAUAUUUCUGAAUGCUUUUUUUUUGAGCAAUUACAUUUCAGUUUAAUAAGCUUCCUCUUUAAUAGUAUAUAUACCAAAUUCAAAUUAUCAUGUUUGCCCUUACAAAAAUUUUGGAUGAUUUAGGUUGUAUGUGAAUAUCACUAUCUUGUAUAAUUAAUAAAUCCUUAAACUUUUAUUAUCAAGUGGAGUAAAUAAACAAUAAAUAAAGGAUUUUUUAAGAAUAUAUUUCAUUAAAUGUUACAACCUUGCAAUAUUCUAUUUAAAUACAUACAAUAAGGUUUCAAAAUUAAGAAUAGUUUAAGCCUAAUCCUUUUAAGAAGGUUAUUAAAAAUACUGUAUAAAUUUAGUAAGAGAUUAACUUUAUAUUUUGUAUAAAUUAAUGUCAAAAUGUGCAAAUUUUUAGAAUAAUAAUCCUCACUCAACGCAUACAUAAAGCAGAUAGAUAAAGUUUGGAAUGAAUUAUUAUUCUCUUAGUACCUUUACUGA